GGCGGGCGCCGCGCGCCGGGCCGGAGGCGGAAGGACUGCGGCCGCGGGAGCCGAGACACGUGCGGGGCCUCCGGUCUGAAGCCGGCCCGGCGUCGCAGGUCCCUGACACCACCAGAGAGCAACACCAUGAGCUUCGUGGCCUACGAAGAGCUCAUCAAAGAGGGUGACACGGCCAUCCUGUCCCUGGGCCAUGGCGCAAUGAUGGCAGUGCGUGUGCAGCGUGGCGCACAGACCCAAACCCGGCACGGCGUCCUGAGGCACUCAGUAGACCUCAUCGGCCGCCCUUUCGGCUCCAAGGUGACCUGCGGCCGAGGGGGCUGGGUGUACGUGCUGCACCCCACGCCGGAGCUCUGGACGCUGAACCUGCCGCACCGCACCCAGAUUCUCUACUCCACCGACAUCGCCCUGCUCACCAUGAUGCUGGAGCUGCGGCCUGGCUCUGUGGUUUGUGAAUCUGGCACCGGCAGCGGCUCCGUGUCCCACGCCAUCAUCCGCACCGUCGCGCCCACCGGCCACCUGCACACGGUGGAGUUCCACCAGCAGCGGGCAGAGAGGGCACGGGAGGAGUUCCGGGAGCACCGGGUGGGCCGCUGGGUGACCGUGCGCAACCAGGACGUGUGCCGCAGCGGCUUUGGCGUGAGGCACGUGGCGGACGCGGUCUUCCUGGACAUCCCGUCGCCUUGGGAGGCUGUGGGCCACGCCUGGGAUGCCCUCAAGGUUGAAGGCGGGCGCUUCUGCUCCUUCUCACCGUGCAUCGAGCAGGUGCAGCGCACGUGCCAGGCGCUCGCGGCCAGAGGCUUCCUGGAGCUGAGCACCCUGGAGGUGCUGCCGCAGGUGUACAACGUGCGCACCGUCAGCCUGCCCGCACCGGACCUGGGAGCCGGCCCUGGCCCCGAUGCCAGCCCCUUCCGCAGCGGCACGCCCAUGAAGGAGACCGUGGGCCACACUGGCUACCUGACCUUCGCCACCAAGACCCCGGACUAGCAGGCUGCCCACGGGAGCUCCAGGAGCCGGGAGCACGCAGGCCCAGGCAGGAGGCGCAGCCUGCUGCAGGCUGCCAUAUACGGUUGGCAGACGCCUGCCGGGCCUGUGUGUGGACAGCCGGUGGGGUGAGGGGACCUGGGGGCCUGAAGGAGGCGGCCAGCCCGAGGCCUCAGGGCCCCUUGGGAGGGCGGCCUCUGCCUCCUCUCCGUUGUGCCCAGCAUCCCUGUCCUCUGCUCAUUGCCACGUGACGUUCCCACGACCACAGGCUUCUCUGAAUGCUGGGGCCCAGGUCUCAUGCCUUCCCAGGUGUCCCUCAUGGGGAGGGAGGCGGGUGAGCAGGGACUUGAGGGGAGCGGCCCAGGGCCUGGUGCUGCAACGGGCCCGGGACCCCCAAGGCCCAGCCACUGAGCCCGGUCUGGGGGCCAGCCCGCCAGGGGUCGGCCCUGCCCUGGCCCCUCGGCCUCCAUCCCCGGUGCUGGCGGGGCCAGGUUGGCCCAGUGCCCAGGGAGAGGCGACCCCGCUGCAUUCCCUGCG